AUGGAUUCACAGCCCUCCAAAGUUCCAACACUUACGAUUGAAAAAAUAGAACCACGAAAUUCACAACCACUGGUCAACUUUACCGCUAUUGUUGAAUGUCGUGUGAAAUUUUUUGAGGAUUUAGUUUACACACCAGUCACUCUCGUGAUACAAGUAAAUCCAGCUUAUGGUAUCAUAUUUAGACAAAAUAUCCAGACAGUUGGAUAUUUAUUGAAAACUAUGGCUCCUGUAUCACCUUCUUACAUUACGAAACCAGAUUCAAUUACAGCACAACUUAAUACGGUAUACUUUAACGAAACAUGUACUGACUCUCAGUGUGAUAUAGCAUUUCGUUAUUCAGUAAUGCCAAUCACCACCAUGCCAUUCGUUAUCACCUUCACAUUUUCCACCCUUGGAUCUGUGUUCACGAAGACAUUAACAAUCACCGCUCAAAAUAACUAUUCUAUUCAGAUGGUAUGA